AUGUCAAUUGUCUCCAUGGACUAUUCUCGCGGUAUUAUAACCUGGCCCAUAUUUCUGCUCUUUCUUCGAAAAGUCGACCAAAUUUGGAACUGGUUCAAGGCGUCCUCAGACAAGAUCACGGACCGACCGGAGACGAGUAUUCUCUACGUCAAAUAA